UGUUACAUUUUUAUAAUGUAUUUCAUUUGUUUUUUCUUUUUCUUCCAAGGACUUCAAAGUGGUGAACAUGGUUCCUCUUGCUCCCCUUCAAGAUUGAGGAAGACCAGGAAGCUGCGGGGACAUGUCAGCCAUGGGCAUGGCCGUAUUGGCAAGCAUAGAAAACAUCCUGGAGGACGUGGUAAUGCUGGGGGCAUGCACCACCACAGAAUCAAUUUUGACAAAUACCAUCCUGGUUAUUUUGGAAAGGUCGGUAUGAGACAUUACCACUUAAAGAAGAACCAGCAUUUCUGCCCCAUAGUCAAUCUUGACAAGCUCUGGACACUUGUUAGUGAGCAGACCAGGCUCAAGUAUGCCAAGCACCCAGCUGGGUUAGUGCCAGUUAUUGAUGUUGUACGAUCUGGAUAUUAUAAAGUCCUGGGCAAGGGGAAACUGCCCAAACAGCCUGUAAUUGUGAAAGCAAAAUUCUUCAGCAGAAAGGCAGAAGAAAAAAUAAAAGAAGUUGGUGGAGCCUGUGUGCUAGUGGCAUAAGGAUUUCUGUUUAUACUUAUGUUUAAAUAAACCUUUUAUCAGCUGUAUGUUUUCUUGUUUUAAUAAACAAAUGAGAGAAAAGGCUAA